AUGUCAUCACUGACUGGUCUCCUGCGUGACAAACUGCAGGAUAUGGAGUCUGAGCUGCUAGAUGCUCAGAUAUGCAUCAUAGAACUAGAGGAGCACUUCGGGAAUUAUAGAAAGUUGACAAUGUCAGAUCUUCAGCAGAUCUCCGAAUGCGUUGCGGAUAUGUCCCGGGAUUUGAAGCUCCAGAAGAAUGAAACACAUGGCGCUCUCCACAAACUUGCCCAAGUCGAGUCUAGGAUAUUUUUGUGCAACAGCUUGCAGGAAAAAAUAAAUCCCAUGCAACAAGAAAUGGAAUUAAUGAGACAGGAAAAUUCCGGGUUUCAGGCAGUUAUGAAUGAUCACAAAGCAAGCCCCCAGAAUAUGAAGAACACUGCAAUGUUUAAGGAACAACAAGCCAAAGAUGGGUUACAGAAGGCCAAGGCAGAAUUGGUGCACAAUAGAUCACAUGAUGAUGAAGUGCACAAGGAGGUCUCGAACCAUCUCGAGAAAUCACUGGUUCAGGAGAAUGCACAACUUAAACAGGAGAUCUUGGUGCUGAAGAUGCGUGUCAAAGCCCUUGAACGAUCUGAACAACGACAUCUUGAUAGAGCAGCAAACAUCACUGUGCGCUAUAAGCAAAAUGACAUGAAAAACAAUCUCGUCAAGCAGCAUGAAGAUAACAUACUGCAACUAGAAACAUGUCUAGCAAAUUGCAUCAAGGAAGCUCCACCAUCUGGGAGCUUGAGAGACAAUAUGCAAGAUGUAUCGUCCUGGAACCAACAUCCGGCACUCAAACCACUAGCGCACCUGGAUUCUGAUAUUUGUGUGCCAGUGAAGUGCAUGAUGUCUCUUGAUGGCAAGAUGUCAAUGCGACCAGCCACACGAAGGAAAAAUAAAUCAAUAGAGGUGGAAAUUUGA